UGUAAGAGUAUGCUCUAUGGUGCUCUGUGGUCAGACUGUCUUGUCAUAUAGUGGUACAUAUUUGAAAAACAUACGUGAUAUCUUCAUAUUAAUCAUUAUUAUUUAAUUUUAUGUAAAAUGAAUGUUGUCUGUGUAAUAUGCAGUGAUUUAUUAGUACCAUCUGACGAUGUCUUUCAUACUCCUUGUGGACAUAUAUUUCAUUUUGUGUGUUUAACUCAGUGGCUGGAGAGGUCUAAAUCUUGUCCACAAUGUAGAGAAAAAACCACGUCAAGUAAAAUCCACAGAAUAUAUUUUAACUUUUCCAAUAAUGAUACUAUCACCGAAGAUACAUGCUCUUUACAGGAUAAAAUUGAUAAACUAAAUUUUCAACUGCUUUUGCAAGACAAAGAUAUUAAAUCUUACUCAGAAAAAACUGCAAAAUUAGAAAAACAAAAUGCAGGUUUAGUUAAAGAAGUUCGAACAGUAGAAACUGAACUAAAUGCAAAGAAUAGUACUAUUUAUGCUCUUAAAGAACAAAUUAAACAUUAUAAACAACAGAGUUUAGAAACAGAUAAGUUAAGACAAGAAGUUGAACAAUUACAGAAAAAAAUUGAAACGUAUAAGAAUGUGCAAACUAUACUUGAAGCUUCUAUGGAUGAUAUAGAUGAGAUGAUCUCAAGAACAUCCGAUCCUAACACUCUCAUUACAUAUAUAUCUGUGAUGAAAAGGGAAAUGCAAAUUAGUUUGGAUAAAAGGAGAGAAUUAAGAAAUAAAGUGAAGAGCCUACAACAAGAACUCACAAAAGUAUCCAUGGAACGAAAUUUUUUGUCAGAAGAACAUGUAAAGAGAAAACAACUUGAACAAGAUCUAAUGGCUUGUGAAAGUGUAACUAUAAGUUUACAAAAUAAACUCAGAGAGUUAGGAAAAAAGAAAUCAACACAUAAACAAUUGAGCAGUCUUGAGCCUGGAGCAGCGAAUCAGAUAAAUAGUGAUGUAAUAGAUGAUUUAAAUAAAAAUAAAGUUGCGAGCACGGAAAGUAAUAUACGCCUUAGGAGAGAAGAACCUGAUAAGGAAGAGGAGAACCAAUCUGAGAUUGUGAAACAUGAAACCAAUUCGCCAUACCUUCCAGUAAAGUCAAGAGGAAUACUGCUUGUAAAAGAAUCUUCUGAGAAACGCAAUGCAAUGAAUUUCAAUUCAUGUGGUCUUCUAAAAAAACGAAGAAUUGGUCAAACAAGUACAACAAAUGGACAAUUGAACACAACAAUUACAUACAAUGGUCUUGGAGGGCACUCGAAAUUUGAUGAAUUUCCUAAUCCUGGUAUCAAAAUAAAGAAAAGUAAAGAUGACAUAUUUAAAAUCAAAAGAUAAAAAAAAUCGAUGUAAAAAAAACAAUUAAAGUCGUGUCCUUUGAUAUUGAUGAAUUGAUAAUCCCAGAGGACACGGCUUACACCUGGAAGCCUUAGUAUUAAUCAUGAGUAUUUCUAUCAAUUUUCAUAAACUAAUUUUUUUUUAUAUAGAUUA